CAGUGUUGUGAGUGUGAGGCUGUGGGGAGAGACUGCAUCAAGGAGCGGGAACUGUGCGCUUGCAUCGGGAACGUUGUGCGUGGGAGUUGUUCUCUCUCUACCUGCCAUUUGCAUUCCUUCUUUAUUCUCUAACACUCAUCCUCAGGACGAGCUCGGGCGCACAGGGAGUCCAAUUAUGACCGAGGGAUGAUCGCGCAGUGUGUGUGUGUGUAUGUGGAGGGGUUUGCCUGUUUUAACUACAGCUGUCAUCUUUAGAGCCGCGACAGUGCCGUUGUGGAGAUUGGAAAUUUGCAAGAAAACGGCUGGCUGUUGUGUUUUCUCCUCCUAGCCUCCCAUCUUUUUUUCUUUUUUUUUUUUUGGAAAGCUGUCUUUGAGGGCGAUGGACUUGAGAUAGUGCGUCUCAAUUUGAGUGUUGGUGGCUGGGAGUUGCCGUCGGGGAGAAAUGCGAGAGGAUGCUUGGAAGCAGUGAAGGCUACAGCAGGUAACCGAUAAGAUGGCGGCCGGGGAAGCGACUGGGCACAGCUACCUGGUGGCUUGCUGGCAGCCCAUUCUGAUCUUGAUGCUGGGCACCGUGCUGUCUGGCUCCACUACAGGCUGUCCAUCCCGCUGUGAGUGCAAUGUUCAAGAGCGCUCUGUGAUGUGCCACCGCAAGAAGCUCAUGACAGUUCCCGAGGGCAUUCCUGCAGAAACGAAACUGCUGGACCUCAGCAAGAACCGCAUCAGAACCAUCAACCCAGACGAGUUUGCCACCUUUGCCAACCUUGAACACCUGGAGCUCAGUGAAAACACGAUCUCUACUAUUGAACCCGGAGCAUUCAACAACCUUUACGGCUUGCGGACAUUGGGGCUGCGUAGCAACAAGCUUAAGCUGAUCCAGCUCGGUGUCUUCACAGGCCUGAGCAAUCUCACGCAGCUGGACAUAAGUGAGAACAAGAUUGUCAUCCUGUUGGACUACAUGUUCCAGGAUUUGUACAACCUUCGGUCUUUAGAGGUGGGUGACAACGACCUGGUUUUCAUCUCCCACCGGGCUUUUCAUGGCCUAAGUAGCCUUGAGCACCUGAGUCUUGAGAAGUGCAACUUGUCCUCUGUGCCAACAGAGGCUUUUACCCACCUUCACAGUUUGAUCACUCUCAGGCUGCGCCACCUUAAUAUCAAUGUCAUACGGGAUUACUCCUUUAAACGGCUCUAUCGCCUCAAAGUGUUGGAAAUAGCCAACUGGCCAUAUCUGGAUACGAUGACCCCAAAUUGCUUGUAUGGAUUAAAUCUCACCUCCCUGACCAUUGCAAAUGCCAACCUAACCACGAUUCCCUAUGUAGCCCUGCGGCACUUGGUUUACUUGCGCUUUCUUAAUCUUUCAUACAAUCCUAUCCAUACCAUUGAGGGGAAUAAGCUCCAUGAUCUUCUGCGUCUACAGGAAUUUCACUUGGUAGGAGGUAGACUGGCAAUGAUUGAGCCCUACUCUUUCCGCGGUCUAAACUACCUGAAGAUUCUAAACGUGUCUGGAAACUCUCUUAGUACUUUAGAGGAGUCGGCUUUCCAUUCAGUUGGCAACCUGGAAACCCUUGCCCUGUAUGAUAAUCCCCUGGCCUGCGACUGCCGACUGUUAUGGGUUUUCCGACGACGCUGGAGACUGAACUUCAACAGGCAACAGCCUACCUGUGCCUCCCCUGAGUUUGUCCAAGGCAAAGAAUUCAAAGACUUCCCGGAUGUUCUGCAGCCCAACUACUUCACGUGCCGCAAGUCGAGGAUUAGGGAUCGCAAGCCCCAGCAGAAAUUUGUUGAUGAGGGAGCCAUUGUUCAUUUUGCUUGCCAAGCAGAUGGAGAUCCUGCUCCAGUGAUUAUGUGGCUAUCCCCGCAGAAAAAGUUUAUCACCACCAAAACAAUUGGAAGGCUCUCCGUGUUGCCAGACGGUACCCUCGAGGUUCGCUAUGCCCAGAUUCAAGACAAUGGCACAUACGUGUGUAUAGCAAGCAAUGCAGGCGGAAAUGACACCUCUCUUGCUCACCUGCACAUUCACAGCUACUCGCCUGACUGGCCCCACCAACCCAACAAGACGUUUGCCUUCAUCUCCAACCAGCCCACAGAAACUGGUGCUAACGGUACAAGAGCCAAUGCCCCUUUCCCCUUUGAUAUAAAGACGUUGAUCAUUGCGACCACAAUGGGCUUUAUUUCUUUUCUCGGUGUCGUCUUGUUUUGCUUGGUACUGCUCUUCCUUUGGAGCAGAGGUAAAGGCAACACUAAGCACAACAUCGAGAUCGAGUACGUGCCACGGAAAUCGGACGCUGGCAUGAGCAGCAGCACAGUGGAUGCUCCUCGCAAGUUUAACAUGAAAAUGAUUUAAUGGACCUGUGGGAUUUAUUCAUUUUGAACUUGAAAAAUAAGACAAAAGGAAAAGAAGACAUUUUCUUUCCUCCCGCACAAACCUGUGGAUCCUGGUCUGUUAACAUAGAGUAUUGUUUUUUCCUGACUGAAGCACUAGAGAGGAGGGCAGUUCCUGACUUUCACAAGUGAGAGGGAAUGGAAGCACAUGCAGUGCUACGGGGCAUCGGUGGUUUCUACGAGGCCUGCGGGGGCAUUAAUUAAGAGUCAGAUUUGUCAUAAGAAGUUCAUAUUCCUGUGGAUUUAUACUGGGAAUAAUGUCAGAAAAGAAAAACACUUCAAACAGCCAGAAGGCGAGGGGCAGAUCAGAUUUUGGCCAUUGCUGUUUCUUGUCUGUAUUUUUAUUUUUAUUUCCAAGGUUAGAUGUCAAGUUAUGAAUGAGAUUUGUAUGGGUUGAUGAGCACAUUUAUACAACAUUGAUGCAUUUCAUGUACAUCAUCAUUAUACUGUGUGCUACAUUCAGUAUGGUCUUUUUCUUUUCUGCAGUGAUGAUUGUUCUGUAAUACAUUAAAUGUGUAUCUGUGUCACAAUACAUGAUGGGAAAGAAAAAAAAAAAGCCCCAGCAAUUAGCAGAAAUACAUAACAUUGUUUGACACAAAUAUAUCAUAAAACUAUUGGUGAUUUACCAUAUAAACUUAAAUUUGAUGCCUUAGUGGCUAAUUGGUAGCGACCCUCUUGACCAACAAAGUACAGGCCUAAUAAAGGGAAAAAAAAGUUUACACUGAUUGUCAUGUGACUUAAAAAACAGAAUGAUACACAAAAAAAAGCUCUGAAAAAUACUGUCUCAGUGUAAGGGAUGCAUCAUGCAAGUUUUACUAUUCAUACCAAUUCUCAGUACAACACUGUAAAAAUGGUAGUGAGGUUUGUAAGAAUAAUUGCACUUUUAGAAAUACAAAUACUGAUAUUUAGCAUUGAAAGACAGCAGCAAAUUCUGCUCUUACAUGAGGCUCUUUAUUGGAUUUUAGCAUUGAGGAAAUGCUCUUACAAAGCCCUUUGAGCCCAGUAUCUGAUAUCAGUAUCCCACUUCCCUAAUGUUCAGAUGUAACCUAACUGUGCACACACAUGGAUUGAGGGCAUGAUAAAAAAAAAUGUGUGAUGUUGCUGAUGCGAUGCAGCUCUGUGCCAACAAUAGAUGCAGCAUCUAGUUACAGUUUUGCCAUCAAAUAAAAAGGUUGGUACCUUGAUACUAGAAGCCCUUAUCCCUGACUUUUUAAAUUGGAUUUCAAAAACUGUUACGUAACGGUAUUACUUUGUGCUCAACAUGAUUGUGCAGGAAUACAAGUAGUGGUGCUCACGUUUUUUGGAUACAAUGUGCUCCUCAAGCUGUAGAAUAUUUCUUUCAUUGUUUUUCUUGUUUGUUUUAUGAAUCAAUGAUUUAUUUAUGCCGAUGCUCCCCUCUCAUCAAAGCCAUGGAAAUAUUACCUUCCAGGAUCGUUAACAAGUUUGCUAUUCCCCAGAAAUGUGCAAAGUUUGUCAGGGGAAUAAGAACUGCGCAUAUUAUGCUCCCAGUUGGCCCUGCAUAUAAAAUGUGAGUUUACAGCCUUUCCUUUUCAAGUACACACUGUGGACAGCUGGGCUUUGCAAACGUGUGUGAGGAUAAAGGCCAAGUUAUUUAUGAUGGAUGACAUUACAGACAACGACACAGUAAUGGGCUGGAAGUAUGGACAGAAUAUGCAGAUGGCUCGAGUGACACAGAUGGUUUCACCCAUGGAGCAAUCUGAAGCAGCUUUGGUGUAAUCCGUUUUGCAUAAAGGAAAAAAAAAAUCACUGGAUAUGGCUCGUGGUUCUCCCUCUUGCUGAUUAUGAAUGCUCUCUUAGUUCAAAGUGUGGCUACUGUACCUAGCCUUUUUUUGGUCCCGAGUGAUCCCGGGAUCCUGUUAUUUCUGUUUCUGUUACUCCUUAUUUUUUU